GGGCGGAGGCGCAAGAUGGCGGCGGCGGCGGUGGCUGUAACGGGGGCGGCGGGAGCUGCUGUGCUGCGCGGACCAGGCGUCUGGGGCCGCUCUCGCAUGAGAUUUGGACUGACUGCAUACAGAAGGUUUAGUAGUGGCAGUGCGUACCCCAACAUUCCUCUCUCUUCUCCCCUACCUGGAGUGCCCAAACCUGUUUUUGCAACAGUUGAUGGACAGGAAAAAUUUGAAACCAAAGUCACAACACUGGAGGAUGGACUUCGUGUGGCAUCUCAAAAUAAAUUUGGACAAUUUUGUACAGUAGGAAUUCUGAUUAAUUCAGGAUCAAGACAUGAAGCAAAAUAUGUUGGUGGAAUUGCUCACUUUUUGGAAAAACUGGCAUUUUCGUCUACUGCCAGGUUUGGCAGCAAAGAUGAAAUUCUUCUUACUUUGGAAAAGCAUGGGGGAAUUUGUGACUGCCAGACAUCAAGGGAUACUACCAUGUAUGCUGUGUCUGCUGAUACAAAAGGACUGGAUACCGUAGUUGGCUUAUUAGCUGAGGUAGUGUUGCAACCAAAGUUAUCAGAUGAAGAAAUUGAUAUGACUCGAAUGGCUGUCCAGUUUGAAUUAGAGGACCUAAAUAUGAGGCCUGAUCCAGAGCCACUUCUCACAGAGAUGAUUCAUGAAGCUGCAUACAGAGAAAAUACAGUGGGCCUCCACCGUUUCUGUCCAGCAGAAAAUAUUCCCAAAAUUGAUCGAAAAGUACUCCAUUCAUACCUGAGAAACUACUACACUCCUGACCGGAUGGUACUGGCUGGUGUAGGGGUAGAACAUGAGCAAUUAGUGGAGUGUGCCAGAAAAUAUCUCCUUGGAAUAAAUCCAGUUUGGAGUAGUGGGCAGACCAAGGAUGUUGACAGAUCUGUUGCACAGUAUACUGGAGGGAUUAUCAAGAUAGAAAGAGACAUGUCAGAUGUGAGUCUAGGGCCCACACCAAUCCCUGAACUCACACAUAUCAUGAUAGGACUUGAGAGCUGUUCUUUUUUGGAGGAAGAUUUCAUCCCUUUUGCAGUGCUAAACAUGAUGAUGGGAGGAGGAGGUUCUUUUUCAGCUGGUGGACCAGGAAAGGGAAUGUUUACCAGACUCUAUCUCAAUGUGCUAAACAGGCACCAUUGGAUGUAUAAUGCAACCUCUUAUCACCACAGUUAUGAAGAUACAGGCCUCUUAUGUAUUCAUGCUAGUGCUGAUCCUAGACAGGUUCGAGAAAUGGUAGAAAUCAUUACAAGGGAAUUUAUUUUAAUGGGUGGAUCUGUGGGUGAGGUGGAGCUUGAGAGAGCCAAGACACAACUUAUGUCCAUGCUCAUGAUGAACCUAGAAUCCAGACCUGUAAUUUUUGAGGAUGUAGGGAGGCAGGUGCUGGCAACAAACUCCAGAAAACUACCUCAUGAAUUGUGUGCUCUUAUUCGUAAUGUGAAAUCAGAUGAUAUCAAGAGGGUGGCUACUAAAAUGCUUCGGGGGAAUCCUUCAGUAGCAGCUCUGGGAGACUUGACAGACCUGCCAACAUAUGAGCACAUUCAAGCAGCACUAGCCAGUAAAGAUGGACGACUGCCCAGAAUGUAUAGGCUUUUCCGAUAAGGAACUGAUAAAGCUUAAACCACCCUGAGAAUCUGGGGGAGCAUGUUUUUUAUGUAUUAUUCUUGAGAUUGUUGUAAUUUAGUGCAAAAAAAAGAUGUUUAAUUAUAUGGAAUAAAACAUAUGGGACUCUUCUCCAGAAUUAAAUGAACUCUUAACUUAAACCUUUCCAGACCACACAACUCCAUUUUAACUCCCUCAAGUAUGAUGGCCACUGGAAUACAUGUUUAACCACCUAAGUGCAUAAUGCUUCCUCUCUUUAAAGCAAAGAAGAGGUUGCUAACAACUAAAUAAUCUCCAGUGUUAGAGAUGGAUCUUGUUCUUUUAAAUGGUAUGCAGGAUCCAUUUUUGAGAUUGAUGUCCUAAAUCAGGUAAGAAGAAUGUGGGUUUUGUUCAUUCUAAUGGAUCUAUGUAAUGAUAAUAUGAAGUAGUUUUUCCUUCCACCUCACUGGGGAUCCAUACAUACCUUUGAUACUUACAUGCAUAAUAUACCAACAAAUCCUGCUUACUUGACUUGAAGUUCCCAAAGAUAAUACUAAAUUAAACGCGUACUCAGAUCUUAUUUUGAACUGGAUAGCAAGUUCAAAAUUACAUGGGAAACGUUCACUUGUUCCUUCUAAAUAAAGUAUUGUUUUAAGUAAAGUAAGUAUACUUUUUCCUUGCACCCUUCCACAUUCAUUAGAUUUGCCCGUUGCUAGGAAAGACGUCUUCCCUUGGAGGCAGCUAACCCAGAAGAGCACAUAGCUUUCCUAGGAGUUAGUAGGUAGUGAGUAAGUGAAGACUUUCUCCUUCAAGUCUCCUUGAAACUGCCCUGCUUGACCCAAGCAUUAGUAAAUAUGUUCUAGAUAAUUUAAGCCUGGAUAGAAUAACAGUAUCAGGGUUUGUUAAAAAAAAAAAAAAAGACUUGGGGAGCUGUAGGAAUAAUUUGUUAUAUAUUA